UGUAAAACAAUGAACGCCUUUGAGAAAAGGCAAGUUUGAAGGCAGGCGGGCGAAUGGUGCCUUCUUCGGUGACACGAAGCUGCAGAUACUCAACUUCAUAGCAUUCAGGAUUUACAAUUAUUUGAGGCUGGAUUCGGAGAAGACGGGUGCCUGACCACGAUAUUACUCUAAACGACGCAAAGGACAAACCAAAAACCGUCUUUACUCAUAUUUCAAACGGACUAUACGGCUGACGACUGUGUAGACGACAUUGCCAAGCAGCAGAGGUAGUUACAAGCGAUGGUGGGUAGACUCAAUCUACAGAAUGUGUCUGACGACGAUCCUUUGGAUAUGAACUACAAAGCUGAGCGGGCACUUGACAGUCCGGACUCCGGACUGCCUCCAAGUCCCAGUCCAAGUCCCUGGUUACUGCCUGCCGGCGGCGAGAGAGGCUCUGGGAGUUUGGCUUCAGAGGACGAGGGCAAAGGGUCAUCGGCGGCUUGCAUUAAAAACGUCAAAUGUAGGCCUAUUCACCAACGGUGCCCAUUAUCCUAUGGAGAAGGAAUUGAGCUUGACCCACUGCCACCAAAAGAAAUAAGAUACACAUCCUCAGUGCGCUACGACUCUGAGCGGCACUUCAUCCACGACGUCUCCAUGCAGCCCCGGGGCCUGGGUCUGGACCAGUGCAGCCAGACUGUCUUCGCGUUGCCCAACUGUACCUGGCGGCGCUACAAAACCCAGCUGGAGCUUCAGCCUCGGCAGCGGGUGCAGCGCUACCAGAGCACCACCAUCGUGUACCCCAAACACGCCCGCACCAUCUACACCACCCAGCUGAGCUAUGACGGAAGGAGGCUGGCCAAGCGCUUCCUCUCCAGUGUCGAGCUGGAGGCGUCCGACAGCAGAGCUACCCAGUGAGAGAGAGAGAGAGAGCUCAGCAUGUCUCCAAGGAAAGGGUGCCCCAGAUAUCUAGGUUGUCAGUUGCCUGUUUCCUCCUCAAGACUUUGGGCAGUUUUAAAUGAGAAACCCUGUACCAAGAUGAUCCAAGCACCGAGCUGCCAACAGUUUUGACUUUGCCAUGUGGCAUUUCAACAAUUUUAGCAAAGAGUUCACAUAGAAGUUGAGGUGUGGCUAAUGAAGUUUUGAGUUUAGCUGAAUGGGGGAAGUGAAAGUGGUGAUUGUAGAUUUUCUGCAUUUUUAAAGACUUUGUUUUAAAGGUUUUAUGUUGGACUGCAAUUGAAGAGAAUCAAACCAUGGACUAUGAGAGGUUAAUAUUGCAAGAGCAUGGCUUCAUCUCUCCUUGUUCAGUCAUUUGCAGUUGCUCACUGAAAUGCUCAUCAUUUCACCUGGUCUGUUCUCACUUUAUACUGUAAUAUAAACCAGUAGUGGGGUUUCCACUGUUAUGGGGCCUAUCACUAAUUAGGGGAUAUUUACAGUCACAGGUCGAUCGAUUACAGAGGUCAAAAUGACUUGCCUAGAUUACAGGGUAUUAUUGGGUAUUUUUGCACACUGGUAUGGGAAAUCUUUUUUGUAUGUUUGGAUAGUGAGUGCUACAGGCGAACCCCACUCCAGUCUAGAAGAGACUCUGCAUUCGUACUACUGUAACUAUUGAUCUGGAUGUACCUAAGCCACUGCUUUUACAUUUGGAUUCGUAGGCUGUGUAGUGUAGCAACCUGCCUGUGGUGCAAUGGUGAAGUUCUCAUGCUGAUGUUGCAAAAGAGGUUGUGACAGGUUUCAAGCAAGUUCGAUUGGAGAUUUUGGAUUUAAGUCAUUUGCAUAGUACUUAACUGUUUUUGAUCAUUGGUAAGCCAAGCUGCGUUCAGUCUGUGCCGUCACUUGUGUUUGUGCUUUUGUAUUUAUUGUAUUGUUUGUCAGCACCAUUCUUCUAUUGCAGACAUCUACACUGAUGGGGAUUGGGUGGACUCACUUAAAGCUUAAAUUGUUCCACAAGAUUUCAGAUGUUCAGUUUUUCAAAGGGCACAGUUCUAUCUUUUAAUCCUUAAUGUAAAUAAGUUUCCUUUCAAUUGUAUGUUGACAAUAAAGACACAUUUUUUUUAAGAA